AGUAUUAUCGUGGUUGCUCUAGUACGAGACUUGGGACGAUACAGUACCUUCCAUCCGAGCGAUCCUCCAUCGCGGAGUCUUCAGUGUUCACAGCACUCAAUGGCGCAAGCAGACCUGGUCUCUCUCGUUCUUCAGUCGAAGAAGGCUUUCCAACAUGGAGAGUCCCUGUGCUCCCGAGCGCAUGCGUUCACAAAUCUAUCCGCAGAUGUGGCCAUAGACGUGCUCGAGCUCGACGCCCGCGUUCGAUGGAUUUCGGACGCUGUGAUUGGCCAGCUGAAGGUGGCUGCAGAGGUCGCGAAGAGCAUCGAGCAAAAGCGGGCAGAGCUGGAGAGCACUAUCGACGACUACGACCGGCAACGACAACGCCACACGUCGGCGCUGGAUGCGAUACUGGAAACACUGGGGACGCAGUCGGUCCCCCCGGACUUCUACACGGAUCCUGAUGCUGAGGAUGACGGCGUGUUUGCGUCGCCCGACGAGGUCGAGGAUGCGCGAGGGAGCCCUGACACUAUCCGAGGUGUCAGACGGCCCAGCAACGCUGGCUCCGCUUCGGCCGUCCUCAAGUCGGACAAGCGAAAGUGGAAGACGCUGCGGGACUUCGUGGACGAACGGGCGAUUGAGGAUAUCCUGGAGUUCAUGGAGAAUGAGAGGACCGUUCUAGACAAAACCCUGGACGGUAUCGCAAGCUUGCCGACCACUAUCGAAGCCGCCAUUGAAGCCAUCGAGAAUGCACUGCCUUCCUCUCCGACGGCAAACACACCUGCCGUGCCUUCACCGUAUGCACAGUCUCAGCCCCUCUCAAUGAACGACCCUACGACGUCCAAUCGCUCUCCGCCCGACGGCUCAGCGCAACCCACCCCGGAAGAGCAGACGCCGAUGAAUCGCUCUUCCCAGCUUCCACCUCUCGAGGCGACCAUCUCCCUGCGACCAUCGCUCGCACGCGUCUCGGACGUGCUCCGCGUCCAAGAACGCGUCUCAACCGGCAUGGCACACCACUUAGAGUCGCUUGCGGCGCACUAUGAUGCCAUGGCCGCGGCACUGAAGGACGGGGAGUCGGGGGCAGCGUUCGACGACGAGGAUCUGGCUGAAAUGCAUCGGGACGCUGGCGAGCUGGGGUCUAUCAUCGCGGAACUCGAGCAGAGCUGUUCAAGCAUCGAGACCGGCUACGAACAAAUGCAGCGAUUUCUCUCGACUGCCCAAGGACAGUUGGACACCCACAGGGCGACGCUGGAUGAUUUGGACGAGCUAGAAGAGAUGAUGGAUGAUAUGGUCCAGCGCGUUGAGCGCGUUGAGAUCCAAAUCUCGACGCAAAUUACCAACCUGCAUGGACAUUUAGUGGACCUUGAAAACCUGCAGCUGCGAUAUAUCUCCUAUCAAUUUUCGUAUAACAAGCUGCUGCUCGAACUCGGAAGGCGGAGGCAAUACCGGGACGCGGCAGAACGAAUCGUCAACGACAUGUUGGCACAGCUACACGUUAUGGCUGAAGAGGAGCACGCCGUUCGUGAGGCGUUCAACCACGAACACGGGCCUAACCUACCAGAAGACCUGUGUCUGUGCAUCUCCAAUCCGCCUACGCGGUGGGAUAUCGUGCCCGCAUCCUGGGAGACAGGCUCGAGCACCAUCGGCCCAGGCCGCACGCCGAGCGCGUCGCGGACGUCCGUGGUGUUGAAGGACAAGGAGGUUUUACCGGAGGUGGAUGAUGCCUUGCUCAAGGAGGCUAGGGACAAUAUCGUAGCUGCGAACAACAAGGGCCUUGGAGAAGGCAUGGGGCACGAGAGCCUGUGAAAUUUUGUACUUUCGUCCCUCGCCGCCGUCCCCCAACGAUGGUUAAACACUCACUAUGCGACGUUGGUCGACUUGGGCGGGCCGGAGGAGACGAUGAAAGACAAAAUCGGCAGCGUCGCUCAGAGUUACAUGACGGCGGGCUCCCAUCAAGAGCCACCUCGACAGGACAGUACGAGCAAAUUUGAAGCUAUGCAACAUGCCUAGCGGGUGCGCUGCUAGUCA